AUGAAUAGUUAGCAAAAUACAUAGUAAAUAUUAAUUUCAAAAGAUAAAAACAAUGAGUAACCAUUAACAUAAACGGUGCAAACUUUUUCCAAAUUCGCAGAUGCUUCUUGUCAUAAGCAUUCAGGUGUUAUAAAAACCCAAAAAACAUUAUAAAGAAGUGACGAAAUAAUUUUAUAGCAAUAAUAAUUUACUAAUGAAAUAACAGAAUAAAUACCUUUAAAAUUUGGAGAUGUAUUAUCUUUAAGUCCCAAAGAUUAAUUUUUAAAAUUUAUUACAUGUGAUGGAUUUGUAUAAACUAAAGCUUAUAUAAAAAGUUUAUAAUAUGAUGGUAAUGGUUAGCUUUUUGAUAGAUGUCUUUUCCGUAUAUAUCCUGUAUUCAGUGUGACUAAUUAAUAGGCUUUAAUUUCUUCAUAUAAGAGAAAAAAUAAAACAAACAAUAAAUACAAAAGAUAAACAACUGUUGCUAAAAAAUCGGAAGAAUAAAAAUAAGCAGAGCUUUAAAAUAAUGUAAUUUAGGAAUAUAAAAAUAAUUUGGAUUUAUACGAAAAAAUUAAGGGAACAGAAAUUUCCUUUAAUUAAGAUGUAUAAUUUUUGCAUUUAGCUUCUAAUAAAUUUUUGGUUUGUAAUUACAUUGAGUCAGAUUAUGAAAAAGAAAACUUUAAAUUAGAAUUGCAAGAAUUCUCUUCUCAAAAUACAAAUUUUAAAAUAUUAAAUUCUUUUUCACAUUAGAUAAGAAAUAAUAGAAUUAUUAAUAUUAAUGAUUUAGUAUAUAUAACUUCUUCUAAAACAUAUCUUGGCCGAUUACCAUAUAUUCAUUGCUCAGAAUAAAAAUAAAAGCAUGAAUAACAUGUCGAAAAAUAAAAUGUUUAUAAUGAAAUUGAAGAUAAACAAUAAGCGAGUCAAUUUUUAAAAAAAUGGAAUUAAUAAAAAUAAUAUUAGAACCUUUAAUAAUCUAUUUAAACAAUAAAUUCUUAUAAUGAUAUUCCACAAGAAUCUCAGAUUUCCAUAUUAGAAUAACAACCUAAAUAUAAGAGAAAACAUAGUGUAGACAGAAAUAAUUAUUUGUUGAUAAAUAAUAAAAUCCCAAACAUUAAUAUUUUACAACUAGAAGCAAUAAAUGGAAAAAGAAAAGGUGAUGCUAAUAGCAUUUAUUUAUAAAUCCCAGGAAUAUAAUAAAUUAAUUAUAUGUAGCAUUCUCAUAACAGCAACAACAGCGACACAAGUGGUUAUAAAAACUCAUAUUCUCCUUUUUCGUAAAUGAAAUUAAAUGAGGUGGGAUUUAAAACUGUUUCUAUAGGAACCAAUAAUGUGAGUUAUCAUGAAAAAAAUAGGAUAAAAUAAGAGGCUAAUUUAUCAUUAGAUUAAAAAACGAAAUGGAAAAUAUUCAAGUUUUCUAACUUUGAGGAAGACAAAAAUCUAAUACAGUACGGAGAUAUAAUUUGGUUACACCAUAUAGAAUAGGCAAAUACACUUAUUUUGAAAAAAAUAGAUUAAUAAUUGGCUGUAACUAUUGAAAAUUCUAUUUAAAAAGAAUUGUUUUAAAAAUAUGAAGGAAAUACUAAUGGAAUGUGGGUUGUUGAAAAAAUUUGCUUUUAUUAAGGAGGUAAAAUACAUUGGGAUGAUAUUUUCUUUUUAAGAAAUUUUAUUACUGGAAAAUAUUUAAAUAUUGAAAUUAAAGAAAAAGAUAAUAUUUUAGAAGGAUAUUUUAAUGUUUUAGACGCUCCUUAACAAACAUCGUUUUUUUAAUUUACCUAAAUAGGUUUUCAAUAAGAAAAUGAUAAUUUUAUUAAUAAAGAUUCAAUUUUUUAUAUUAAAUCAAAAUUUUAUGAUGUAAAAAAUAAAAUAAAAUAAAUAUAAAUAUAAAAAAAUAUAUUAAAUUAGGGAUGGAUUCACAUCAAAGAAAAAUAGCAUUAUGAGGACGCAUUCAAAUUAUAUAGAGCUACUAUGGCUGAAAUUUAAGAAGCAAACUUUUUGGUGAGUUGCUAUCCCAUUUUAUCCACUCAAAUAGAAAAUUUAAAAAAAUUGUAAAGUUUAACUGAUAAAAAUUAAAUAGUAAAAGAACUAAUUAGAUAAGAUUACGAGGAACAAUUAAAAGCAUUAAACUAGUGCUUAUUAGAUAUAGAUAAUUUUUGCCAAAAUAAAAUUAUAAACAUUUCUAUAGACGAUUAGACAUUAAAUUAUGGUGAAAUUAACCAAAAUAGGCAAAGAUUAUUGACAGAAUUAUAUUAUAUUGACUUAAUAAGCGAAUUGCUGUAAAAUUUAUUAACUGAAGAUGAAUUAAUAGAAGUCGUUUCAAUAUUCAAAAUAGAUAAAAAGAAUAAGUUUGUAUAGAAAAUUAAAUAAUGCCUAAAAAAAUAAAAGUACGUCAAAAUCAAUGUGUAGAAACUAGAAGUGUAACUUAUAAAUAAGUCUAAGUAUGAUUUUUAUAAUGGGGAAGAUAUAUUAUAAGAGCAAACUGGUAUUUAUAAAUUAAUACAUCAUCAGAAAAAUAAAAUGAUAAAAUAAUAUAAUUAAUACCUUAAGUUAAAAUAUAAUAUGGCUUAAAUAGCUUAUAAUCUAUUGAUUUAAAUUUGUAAAGAUAAUAAUGAAAAUGGAAAAUAUGUAUACACAAAUAAACUUAAUAUGUUCAAAUAUUAAGCUAAAUAUAUCAAAGAAGCUAUAGAUUUUAUUAUUUCUAUUGUUGGGAGAAACGAAUUUAUUUUAAAUAACUUAACUGAUGAUAUUAAUUUUGCAGAAAGAAAAAAAAGAAAUUUAAGACAGACGAGGUCAAGUUCUUAGAGUAGAUUAGAUACUUAAAUUUAAUUAUCUACUAAUACAAAUAAAUUGGAUAAUGAUUUUAACAAUUUGGAAAAUAAUAUUUUAAUUUACAUUAUAAACUCAGUUUGCAAAUUUGGCAGUUUUAACAGAAAUCAUAAUUUUUUGAAUUUCUUUAGAGCUAUUUGUAAAUUUAACGAUAACGGUAUUUCUGUAAACUAAGAGGUUAUAUUUAAGCUUAUCUAAUAGAAAAAAACUAUCGAAAAAAGCUUAUUUAUUCCAAUUUAAAUGCUGAUUUAAUUUCAAGAUAAUUAAUAAAAAGAAAUCGUUUUAGACGAAAAUUUAUUUGGAAAAGAUUGUCCUUUACAAAGUAACUAAUAAUUAAUAUAUUUAGUUGAAUAGAUAAAAUUAUACUCGGAUUUGUCCCUUUCAAGGAAUUAUUUAUGGAACGAUAAAUUAGAAUAAUAAUUUCCUUUAGAAUAUUUAAUAUCUCAAGUUUUUAAUAAUCGUUUACACGACGAAAUCAGAAGUGCAUUUUGUUAGUUAGUUUCUACAGUAUAUGUAGAUCACGAGCCUUUAAAUUUACUGAUAUUGCCUUAAAUGUGUAGAAUAUACAAAUCUAAAUAUAUUAAAUAAAUUGAUUAUGAAUAGGAUGUUCAAUUAUCAUAAUAAAAUUUAAUAGCAAUAAAAAAAAGCAAGGAAAUAUUUAAAGAAAGAAAAGGGUUUUUUGAAAAAUUAGUAACAGACUGUUUAGGAUACAUAAACGAAAAUAUCAAGGAUAUAAACGCUCACUAUGCAAAUAUAAAAAAACAAUAUACUAAUCGAAUUACCAAUAUAGACUAGCCUGGAAUGGAUGUCCUUUCGAAUAUUUUGACUUUUAAUAUCGUAAAACUAUUCAUUACCCUUAUUAGAUUUAAUAUUUUAUCACUUAUUAAUUAAAAAAACUUAUAUCCAGAAAUUAUGACUUCUUUAGUUUAAUUAUUUGAAUAUGAUUACUCAAAUAUGUAAUUGACUUUAAAUUUAUAAUAAAAAAGAAAUGAAAGAAUAAAAAUCGCAUAAAAUUUUGCAAAAUAAAAUAAGAUUUUUAAUGAUAUUAAAAAGGGAAUUAAAAAAACUACUAUGUAAUUAAUUGAUGCCACUUAAAAUAUAGGAUGUGGUCUUAAAAUGGUAGGAGAUUAUAUUGGAAUUACUAAUAAAAAAAAGAAAGAAAUAAUAGAAGAAUUAGCAGAAUACAGUGAAAAUUUUCUUUAAAAUAAUUCACUUAUAGGAGGUUUAAUUACAUUGAUUUAGAUGAUAAAAAAUAGCGAAAACUAGGAUGCAAAGAAUCAAAAAUAAUUAUAAAUAGAAACAGAUUUAAAAUAAGAAAUUUGUAAACUUUUACACUUUUUAUAUAAUAUGAGAAUGGAUUAUUUAAUUCUAAAUUUUUUAACUUGGUUUGAUCAAAUUGGAAAUUAAAAUAAUUUAUUAACUCUUUAAGAAGAAUAGUUAUAAAAAAAAGUUUAAUAAAUUUUGGAAGAAUAGUUAUGUACCGUUAUUCCUAAUAUAUAUAGAACUGGAAUUGAUGAUAUAGAUGAUUAAUACAAACCUAAUGAAAAGAGGUUUAGUUUAUUUAAUUUUUUUUAAAAAAAAGAUAAAGUUCACAAAAAUAAAAAUAAAUUAAAAAAUUUUGUUAAUUACAUUAAAGAUGAAGACAAAGUAUUUCCUGAUUUAGAUUUUCUUUUAGUAGGAAAAUAAUCUGAUAUUCAUGUAAUAAAUUAAAUAUUUUUAAAUUUAAUAAAAAUAUAAUUUAUAUAGAAAGUAUCAUCAGAAAUAUUACCUUCUUUAUUAGUCUCUUUUUAUUUAGUUUCAGAUAGUUAAUUAUAAGAUGCUUUAUUAUAAUUAAUUUUAAAACUUUUUAGUUAAACACACUAUUUGUUUAAUAAUGUUUAAUAGCUGGAGGUUUUGUUUGAUAAAAAUGACAUACUUCCAUAUUAAGUAUUUUAAUUAAGAAUAUAUAAAUUAAAAUUGAUUACCGAAAAAUCCGAAGUUUGGUUAAAUGCAAUAGCAGAAUCUAUUAAAAACGAAAGCUUUCAUAAUGAAGAUUUGCAAGAAACGAAUAAUGCCCUAAAUGAUAUAAAUAGCUUAUUUUUUAAGGGAAGUAUAGUAAAUGAUGAUAAAAGUAUAACUCCUUCAAAAUUUGAAAUCGAUAAAACUAGAUAAAAAAUAUUCACUUUUUUAGAAGGAAGUAUGCCUAUUAUUAAUUUAAUAAAAGAUGCACAAAACUAACUUGUUAAAUUUUUAAAAUAAAGUUCAAUAUGUGAACUUUCUAAAAUGAAAAUAUUUUAGUUAUUAAGGAAUUUGUAUUUUGUUUUAACACAUUUUUGCAUAAACGUGGAAGCAAACUAAAUUACGCUUUCGAAAUAUAUAGGAUUUUUCUUAGAUGAAAUAGCUUUUGAUUUUGGACAAUUAGAUUUAGUAGAUGCUAUUUAUAGAAAUAAUAAAUUUUUAUGUGAAAGCUUUUCAGAUUAAAACUUUAAAUAAAUACAUAAUAAUAUAAAAGAAUUCGGAAGAUAACCAAGAUUUUUGUAGAUACUUAAAGUUGUAUAAAAUUAUUAAAAUCAAGGUUCUAAUUCUAAUAUUCAUUUAAUUGAUAAUUAGAUAUUAAUAUUUAAAUUGUUAAUUCCUAAAUAAAUAACUGACUAAUAAGAACUAAAAAAUAUGAUUAAUUGCUAUACGGAGAAAUCGACAAGAAGAAAAUGUAUUUAAGAUUCGAUUUGA